AUGAUUGAUGAUUUGGUCCAGGAGCCACAUUCUGAGAGCAUUAGGGCAGAAGAUGAGAGGAAACAGUUCAGUGUUUUAUCUUCUGAGAGCGCUUAUUGCCAAGACUUCAUUUGUGAUGAAGCAACUGGAUCAAGCAGCUUUUUGGACCUGAAACCUUUAAGAAGAACAUUGCCUUACUCUCCAGUUGAGAAUAGCCUCAGGUCCUUCAGUUAUGAUCCCCAGGAUGCCAUGGACCAGCCGGAGAUCCUCACCUCCUGCGCACUUACUGAGACCAUGCAGGACCUCCAUGAACAGAACCUCACACUGAAGGAUGGGGAACCCAACCAACCAUCAUAUUUAGCGUCUAACAGGAGCUCCAUUCUGGUAAUGGAUUUUAACCCUGUGAGGCGUGGUUCUCGUCCUCAUCCACUAUUUCCACUCAGCCCUGCUGAGAAGACCAAAGACAAAGCAGCCAGUGAGGGCAGAAAUGCAGGAAUUAAGGAGGUAGUGUGUUUUAGGACCACGUCAGACCGAGUGGGUGACUGUAAGCUGGGCAGCUGGUGGAAGCAGGCUCUGGAGACCAGAAGAGCCUCCACAGGACUGCUGCCUGCUAUCGAGCAGGUCCCUGCUGUCACAAAAGAGAAAAGACACUCUCUUGUUCUGGGAUGGCCUCAGUCUCAUGGGCUUAUCAGAGGAUGCAAACAAGAGGUUAAACAGGCUACGAAGGAAGAGUCAAGCAGCAGAAAACCUAAAGGAAAAAGGGGCAAAUGGGUCAAACAAUCCUGAGAGAGAGAGAGAGACAGAGAGAGAGAGAGACAGAGAGAGAGGAUUCAACAUCAUAGAUGAGUGAGGUUAAAAAAGAUUUCAAGUUCUGAUUACCUUACUGUAUUUCUGCCAUGUUAGAUAUUUCACAUUUCUGUAUGUAGAUUAAACAUUUGAAAAUUGCAUUUUAAUAAAGAGACUAUAUUAAAAUCUAC